AUAUAAGUUCGAGCCUGUGUCAGAUACUAACUCAGAUUGGGGUUCGGAAAGGAAGGCGUUCAGGGGUAUAGAACCGACAAUUAGGGCUUCGAUUAGUCGUUGAAGGAGGAAUUUUCAGAGGGGAGAAACAGAACAAUGGUUUGCGAAAAGUGUGAAAAGAAGCUGGCGAAGGUGAUAGUUCCCGAUAAAUGGAAGGAAGGUGCCAGCAACACCCACGAAAGCGGUGGCCGAAAGAUCAACGAGAACAAGCUCCUCUCGAAGAAGAAUCGAUGGACUCCAAUGGGAAAUACGAAGUGCAUGAUCUGCAAGCAACAAGUGCACCAAGAUGGCAAGUACUGUCACACGUGCGCUUACAGCAAAGGAGUAUGUGCAAUGUGUGGGAAGCAAGUACUGGACACCAAGUUCUACAAGCAAAGCAAUGUAUAGUACUAUAGUAUGAAAAACUUGGUCGAUGUAAUGAAUAUUAGUUCCCUGUUAUAAUGUGGUUUCUUUUAAUAGCUAUCCCUAUAAAUUUCCCCCCGAGCACGAAGGGGCCAGUUCAAUACAUUUUGCCCUGUUUAGAUGCUUGAUUAAGAUUUUAUAUGGAAUUUCUCACUUCUUUUAUUGGGAAUAAAUUUUGCUUAGUUGCUAA